AUGUCAGGUGCCCGCCUGGCCCUAACACUGUGUGUCACCAGCCGGGAAGGUUUCGAAGAAGACCUGGAUGCUCUGGAAUACAUGUUUCGGCAGCUGAGAUUCGAAAGCACCAUGAAAAGAGACCCCACUGCCCAGCAAUUCCAGGAAGAGCUGGAAAAAUUCCAGCAGGCCAUCGAUUCCCGGGAAGAUCCCAUCAGUUGUGCCUUCGUGGUUCUCAUGGCUCACGGGAGGGAAGGCUUCCUCAAGGGAGAAGAUGGGGAGAUGGUCAAGCUGGACAAUCUCUUCGAGGCCCUGAACAACAAGAACUGCCAGGCCCUGCGAGCCAAGCCCAAGGUGUACAUCAUACAGGCCUGUCGAGGAGAACAAAAGGAUCCUGGUGAAACAGUAGGUGGAGAUGAGAUUGUGAUGGUCACCAAAGACAGCCCCCAAACCAUCCCAACGUACACAGAUGCCCUGCACGUCUACUCCACGGUGGAGGGAUACAUCGCCUACCGACAUGAUCAGAAAGGCUCGUGCUUUAUCCAGACCCUGGUGGAUGUGUUCACGAAGGGCAAAGGACAUAUCUUGGAGCUCCUGACAGAGGUGACCCGGCGGAUGGCAGAAGCAGAGAUGGUUCAGGAAGGACAAGCAAAGAAAACGAACCCUGAAAUCCAAAGCACCCUCCGGAAACGGCUGUAUCUGCAGUAG